UUCUUCCACCUUUUUAUCAUAUCAUGUAAUGCUAUUGUUAUUCCAUUUCAAUGGCAAGAAAUCCUGCAACACGCCUUCUACGUAUAUGUUCUUCACAAUUUAAGCUUUCUAAGCGACGCUAUGUAUCAUCCUCUAAUCGCCUUGCUUCAUCUUCCAAUCAAUUUUCUAGUCUUUCCACACAAAUGCACCAAUCUCGUUGUUUUAGUCACCCCUACUUGAAUAAAUUUCCAUCCUUUAGUUUAGAUUUUAGGGUUCAUAAUUCCAACAACAGAUGGUAUAGUACACCGGGUGAAAUCGGAAGUCCGAGCUCCUGCUUAGAAUCUACAGAGUCUAUUUUAUCAGAACGUGGUGGCGAUAAUAAAACCGAGGAUCAUGAAUCUGCUUCAACAAGCGAGGUAUUUUCACAUGUUGCAGCUCUUGAUCCUGCACAAAUUUAUCGUAGCCUUCGAGAUGGCCCGAUUGCGAGCAAGUUGGGGCACCAGGAAAAGGAGACACUUAGAGAAAUUUUUGGGAGUUUUGCAAGGUCUGGUUGGGCUUCAAAUCAGGCUCUAGCCAUUUACAUUAGUGCUUCUUUUUUCCCAACUGCUGCUAGUAAAUUUCAACACUUCUUCUUUAAGAAAUCUGAUCGUGAUAUUGUUGAUUACUUGGUGUCUCUGGGUCCUGGUAAUGAAGCAGAUCGAUUUCUUUUUCCUGUAUUUGUUGAGUAUUGUUUAGAAGAGUUUCCUGAUGAGAUUAAGAAGUUUAGGGCCAUGAUUUCAUCUGCAGACCUAACAAAACCUGAGACAUGGUUCCCCUUUGCUAGAGCUAUUAAGCGUAAGAUAAUAUAUCAUUGUGGCCCAACCAAUAGUGGCAAAACCUAUAAUGCUUUGCAAAGAUUUAUGGAAGCAAAAAAGGGGAUCUAUUGUAGUCCUCUUCGGCUUUUGGCUAUGGAAGUUUUUGAUAAGGUAAACUCACUAGGUGUCUACUGUAGUCUACUUACAGGGCAGGAAAAGAAGCAUGUUCCUUUUGGGAAUCAUACUGCUUGCACUGUUGAAAUGGUUUCGACAGAGGAGUUGUAUGAUGUUGCCAUUAUUGAUGAGAUUCAAAUGAUGUCAGAUGUGUAUAGAGGGUACGCAUGGACCAGAGCUUUUCUUGGUUUGCAGGCUGAUGAGAUACAUUUAUGUGGGGAUCCGAGUGUGCUGAAUAUUGUUAGGAAGAUAUGUGCAGAAACUGGAGAUGAAUUGAUCGAGAACCAUUAUGGAAGGUUCAAACCGUUAGUGGUUGAAGCCAAGACUCUGUUAGGAGACAUCAGAAACGUUCGUUCUGGAGAUUGUGUUGUUGCAUUUUCAAGAAGGGAGAUUUUUGAAGUGAAAGUAGCUAUUGAAAAGCACACAAGUCAUAAGUGUUGUGUUAUUUAUGGUGCAUUGCCGCCAGAAACUCGUAGGCACCAAGCUAACUUGUUUAAUGAACAGGGCAACGAGUAUGAUAUCUUGGUUGCAAGCGAUGCUGUGGGAAUGGGGUUAAACCUCAAUAUAAGAAGGGUAGUUUUUUAUAGUCUUUCUAAGUAUAAUGGUGAUAAAAUUGUACCUGUUCCAGCAUCACAGGUGAAGCAGAUUGCUGGCCGAGCUGGUCGAAGAGGAAGUAUCUAUCCUGAUGGGCUUACGACCACUUUGCAGCAAGAUGAUUUGGAUUACUUGAUAGAGUGCUUACAGAAACCUUUUGAUGAAGUUAAGAAAAUAGGCCUCUUCCCAUAUUUUGAGCAGGUUGAGUUAUUUGCUGGGCAAAUUUCAGAUAUUACCUUUGCCCAACUACUUCAGAAGUUUGGGGAAAAUUGCCGUUUGGAUGGAUCUUACUUCUUGUGUAAACAUGAACACAUAAAAAAGGUUGCUAAUAUGUUGGAGAAAGUUCAGGGGCUCUCUCUAGAAGACCGUUUUAACUUCUGUUUUGCUCCGGUGAAUAUUAGGGAUCCUAAAGCAAUGUAUCAUCUUGCAAGAUUUGCUCAAUCAUAUUCUCAAAAUGUGCCUGUUAGUUUAGCCAUGGGCAUGCCGACAGCUUCUGCCAGAAAUGAUACAGAACUGUUGGAUCUUGAGACUAAGCAUCAGGUUGUGUCUAUGUAUUUAUGGCUGGCUAACCACUUCAAGGAGGAAACCUUUCCCUAUGUUAAGAAGGCUGAGACUAUGGCAACUGAUAUUGCUGAAUUAUUGGGUGAAUCGCUCAUCAAAGCUAGCUGGAAACCAGAAUCAAGAAAUCCUGGGAAGAAACGCAAUGAUAAUGCAGAUGGUUAUCAGAGGCCCAGAUCAUUGGUUAAGCUGCAAGAGAAGAAAAGGCAAGAAAAAGAUUCAGAAUCUGUAGAGAAGGUAAGUGCAUAGGAAGGACCAUAUGCUGGAUGCACCCUAUUCACUGAACAAUUAAUGUGGUCAAGAUGUGCACAAAAGAAGUCAGGUAAGAAAGCAAGUUUGCAAGUAACCCUUUUGGAGCCAACCUUUUCUUCUCCAUAAACCAGCCUGAGAUGCUUAAAUUUUCAGUUAUUCUUUGUUGCCAAAAGAAUAGAUUUAGAAACAGCCCUUCUUGUAAUGGGAGUGGGAAAUGGUGUUUCAUCCUGUUUUAGCAGACAGAUUGAAAUUUGUAAUCCGUAUACUUGGAAGAGUUGUUUUUUACAAAGACCAUUACAAAUGUCUGCAGUUUUGAAGCCUCUUGAAACCUCCAAUAUGAGACUGUAUAAUUGUUCGACUAUUUGAUUCGAAUCUGGUUAGUUAAAGUUGAAAGGUCAGGAUGAGUCAUGACCAAGGGACCGAUUAGACCUGUUUCAUGUGUUUACUCGAAGGGUUGAAGAUCAAUCGCUAUAGCAGCAAAGAAUGAUGGAUCUUUGAAGGCCAAAAUACAUUGCAACAUAAUGAAGUUUGUCUUACGUCUUAUUUAAUUGUAAUGUUCAAUUCUAAUCUAGUGACAUCGGUUUGUUUUGAUGUGACAUUUUUUAGUGUAAUCAAGAAUCAUGCCAUAAUUU